AUGGAGAGGGCGUGCAGGCUCUCCAAUGCUACUUAUUGGGAGAUCACGCCUUCUCUUCCCCUGCCCUCGCUCCCGGUGUCCUGCGGCGCGCGGAGUCAGAGGCUGCUUCUGUCCGAAGAGACUAUCGGCGGUGGAACCAGGUCUGUCGACCGGAAAGAGGUUCUCGAGAAUGCCAGUAGGAUCGCAGAUCUCCUUAGGGAUUGCGACGUCUCCUACCUGUAAGCUUUUAUCCAUUACAUCUGUUUUCUCUUCACUUGUCAAGGGGAAUUCUCUCACUUCAAUGCUAACCGGUGUUUGCUGAUGAAAGUAGCGGGACUUCAACUAUAGUGCGCGAAUACAUGGUAUUCCUUUUCUGACUGAAUACUGUAUUGCCGCAGAAAUGUGAAAGAAGAACAGGAAGCGACUUUCAUUGAUUUUGCAGAGUGUCCGAGGCUCUACUCUGAAGUUCUCAGAUAUAACUCGGGAGCAUUCGAGUAUUCAGUUCCUGGUACGUAACUUGACUACGCACGAUGGACGGGCUUGCCUUUCGCUAUUCCAAUUUUUUUGUGACGUCUGCGGAAACCCUAUCAAAUGCACACAGUCAACUUGAUCCUCAACACACCAAAUUGUGAAACUAAAACGCGCGUCUAGUCUCAGCACUUUGACGAACAUAAUUUGUGCAGAGGGAUAUGGACUUUGUGGUGGAUUAUUGGAUUCGUACUCAUAAAGGUUAUAUUCAUAAAGAGCUGGGAGAUAAAUAUGCCGUUUCCCCAUUAAUUAACGACCUAUCGAAAGACCUUUAGGUACUAGUAAUUUUUGGACAUAAGCUGUAUAUUAUGCAUGAUCAGCAUUCCCAUGGAGAUCCAUUUUGUCUUCCGCUUGCUAAUUAUCACAAAAUUUAACACAAUUAAGUUCUACAUUAUCGUUUACUAUAUUUAAAAAAUAAAUGGCAUGGAUUUUUUAACAUAUAUUUUACACAGGUGAAGGAAAACUUGUUUUGGUUGAUACUUUUUUAGUAUGCAAUGAUAGUGUGAUUUAUCCAUUCAAAAUAUAUUUUUUUCUUGUAUGCAUCAUUUUUCAUCAAGAUAAUUAUCUAAUAUUAUAUGUGACUGAAGGUUUAAAUUUUAUCUAACAAUUAUUUGUAAUCCUAUAUCGUAAUCAAACAGGCAGCGUUGUUGUACUAGUUGAGAAUAUAAAACAUUGCAAUUUAUUGUUCUAUAUGUUUUGAGAACAAUAAAUACGGUUUAUGGAUUUUCUGCAUCUAGAUUUGUUUUAUUGGAAAGUGAUAGAAAAUCUUAGAUUUUCCAUCUUCUCUAUUUUUUUGGAGAAAUAAUGUGGUUACCUUUGGUUAUUUACCUUAUACAUCUUUGGACAAUCGGGGGGGAUAAAAAUAGGAUGAUAGAAAGCGGAGAGAAACUCAUUUUCCCCUUCACACAUUUCAGAGGCCAUUGUAUUUAGUGCGGAUUGGGUAAUGUAUAAAUCCUGAGCGAUGGAAAGGGACCAAAAUCUGUGCUUGCAAGUUAAACGAUUGACAGAAUAGGAGAUUUCUAUUUUCUGUCUUAUGCUGUUCUAUAUCAAGAAAAGUAGACGACAUUAUGAUGCAUUCCCAUCAGUUAUUGUUUCUGAAAAUCUUAAUUGGAUUUUUUUCUUCGAUCUCCUAUUCUGCCUCCUAUCACUUUGACAUUGCACAAUAGUCGAAAGAUCUUUCUCUGAGGAUUUUCUUCUCUACAUAUUUCGUAGUUUCCUUGAUAUAGUGGAUAUAUUUUGGUAGAUAAAAAAAUAAAUUCCGGGGUGAUAUAAUGGAAUAAUCAAACAGCAAUGUUAUCCUUGACUGUACAAUACUUUGUGUUCCUUUUUAAUACUACUUUGUAAUAUAAUGAUAAAAUUCAUGAAGAAAACAGAUUAAUGUGUAAUGGUAAAAAGUAAGUGACUCUGUACUUCAUCUCAGGAUACGAUUUUUGCUGCGAAAGUAGUUGUCAUUGCGGCAAUUUUUCUACCUUAGUCCUUCUUUAUUCAUUGAACUUGUUAUUUGUUUGAUUAAAAAACUUGGCACUGUUGAACGUACGAAUUUUCCAAUUGCAUAUUUUAGCUGUAUUCCAUCUCAGGAUAUGAUUUUGCUGUGAAAGUAGUUGUCAUUGCGGAAAUUUCUCUUAGUCCUUCUUUCUAUUUAUUCAUUGUAAUUGUUAUUUGUUUGAUUAAAAAACUUGGCGCUGUUGAACAUACGAAUUCUCCAAAUGCAUAUUUGAGCUGUAAUCAUGCUCGAUUUGUUUUAUUAUCUAUGCAUUAUCAGUUAUGGGUGAGAAUGGUUGAACAUGCUUAUUUUACCUUCAUCUUAAUUGGUAUUUUCAGGUUUCUCAGAGUCUAUUAAAGAGAAGAUAUACAAUGAUUCAGUCCCAGGAAAGAAACCCUUUGAACAGAAUGGGUUUUCUGUUGUUCAAACACAAAAAGCCUACGGAGAAAAUGUUAACAACCAGUUUGGGAGGAAUCUUGUUAAUGUAAGUGUUAUUGAUCUGCCUUUUAUUCUUUUAUUCAUAUUUGACUAUUUACUCAGUAACAUUUGAUAUCAAAGGACCCAGCAACUGAUGCUGGUUCGAGGAAACCAAAAGUCAAGAAGAAAGAACUCGAAUCCAUAUCUUUAUCAACAACUGAGGUACCUGAUUAUCAAGGUUCGUUUUUUUAUUGCAUUAUACCUUGUUUGUUCCUUCAUACUUAUUUUUCAUUCAGAUUGAUGUCUUAUCUUUUGUCACAGAAAUCAUCAGAGGCUUUUGUGAGACAGUGGACGAUUUCUGUGGGAGGGCAGAAAUAUCUUCUUGUGGUCAAGAUAUGGGGACUGAAGGGGCUUCUCUUCCCCUGACCGAUAUUAAAAUUAUGUUGAAUGAAAUAAACGCUAUACGCGAGAAGAAACUAUUGCAUUUAAUACCCGUUGAUGCAUUUACAAGACUUCUAAAUGUUCUAGAUCAUCAAAUUAAAUGUGGACAAGGAUUAUCUGUUGAUGAAGCGGAAAACGUAAGCUGGUUUCUCCUCCUCUAGACCUCCACUCUGCAUUAGAUUAAUCUAUCGGUUCCUUUGUAGUUAUUAAUUCUCACGCUAGUUUUUUACGGUACAUGCAAGUCCUGUUUGAUUUCGGGCUGUCGUUUAGUGAAUGCGUUAAUCUUAGAUAUAACUUUUUAGAAUUUUGUUUAUUGGCUCAUAAAUGGGUCUUCACUCAAGUGGAUAGAAAAUGAUAAGUUGGAGUCAUCGUUUGCAUAUUUUACUUCGUAGGGCAGGAUAUGAGUUGUAGGCCAUUAGGAUUGGCAUUAAGUGGGAGAAAAUUGGAUCAGGCUUCACAUUUGAUAUUGGGUUCCCAACUGAAUAAGUAAAUUCUGUAGGACAAUUGAUGGAAAGUUUUUUUUUUGGUGUAAGUGGAUUGUAUCACGUAUGCAUUCACUAUAGGAGGAUAAUCCACAGAUAUAAAGUCUUGAAAUUCGUGAAAAGUUUGAAAGUGAAGCUCGAUCUUUUUCAAAUGCUUUGUUGGAAAGCAGAUUAGCAACUGUGUUUUUGUUAUCUCUUUGAUUAAUUCCCUAGAAAAGAGGAUUUAUAAGGGUGGGAAAAUUGCUAUUGUUGUCUAGGCUAUUGGUUUUUUUUUUCUAGAACCAUCAUCAAAUGAAAGGAUCAAUGUGUGGAAAAUCCUUAUUUAACUCUACUGGCUGCUGGAGCUUGACACAAGGAUUGUAUACCCCAGGAACAGCCAUGCUCGGGGUUUAUUAUUAUUAUUAUUAUUAUUAUUAUUAUUAUUUAAGCAGACCUCUAGAAUGGCUGCUGAGAUGAACUGCUUUUAUAAUUUCGACACACUUUCUCCACUGCUAUCUUCCCUGUAAACUUUUAUGUUGUGUCAUCACCUGUUAUGGACUCUCCUGGGCGUACAUUGUUAUUGCUGGGAGAUGUUCUUCCCACGCUCAAAAACAAUAGAAAAAGUUUCGUUCUCUCUCCCCUCCCCUACUCCCUCUCCCGCCCUUGAAUAAAUUUAUUUUAUCUCUUUCCUCUUUUUUCAGUAGAAUGAGUCAUCAUUUCUGACAUAUGCUUCACAUUCCAUUUAUGUUAAUCCAUCCCUUUCUUCAUUUUUCUUUUUAAUUUAUUUUUGUUUUACUUGUGUCCAAUGCACUGUCAUCUUUAAUUUAUUGUCUUUUGAAUGGGCCAUGCUCAUACAAAAGUUUAUUUAUCCAUGCAAUAUUUUUGUUGUGUCAAUUAGAAGUACUUUUUAUUAUUUACAUGAGAUUUUUAGUUUACCGUGAAAUGUUCUGCCUCAUUUGUUGUUGAUUUCUUUUAAUAGUGUCACUGGUUCUAAGACAUUGAUGGAAGGAUUUUAACUGAUGAACUCUUUGUCAUUGUUUCUUUAUCAUUGAGGAGCUAUCUCCCCCUUGUUUUUUUAAGAUGUCAUCUCAAAAGUUUGAAGUUUUGUUCAUUUUACUGAAUGAUCAAUCCCUUUUCAUUUUAAUGAUAUUUCCCAGGCCGAUGUGGAUGCUGUGUCGCUGGUUUUUUGUGCUCUGGAGUCUACAUAUGCUGCCCUAGCUAUUAUGACACAUCAUGGUAUGCCAAAGCAGCUGUACAAGGAUGAAGUACGUGCUAGCCUCUUUCCCAUAUUUUGGUGUGUAGCUCUUCGUUUCUUACACCACACUGUGUCGGUGUUUCCUUCUGUGGUGAAAUUUAAAAGUUUCAAUAUACUUUUAGUGUAUGCCAUAUUUUUUUCGUAACUUUGAUUUGAUAAUGUCCCUUGUCAGAUGAUUGAACGAAUUCUUGAUUUUUCACGGCAUCAAAUUAUGGAAGUAAUGGCAGCUUUUGACCCAUCAUAUCGUGCCAUUCAUAAACCCAAUGAAAGUGUUGCUUUGGACGGUAUGGUUCACCACCAUGUUUAGCUUCUUUACUUGGUUACGUGUUAUUGGUUGUGUGGAUAUUUUUAGUGAAAUAAUGGACGAGGUCCGGGACUCAGAAACUUAGCCAUCAGUGGUGAGCUAGUUGUCAUAUCUGGUUGAAUUUAGGGGCUAGUGCUUUCAGUCAGGAUAGGACCUCGAAGAGUGUGCUCUGUAUGUUUUCUUCUGUUGCCAAGCAUGUACGACUGCACUAAAAUGGUCCUUGCUAUAGUUAUAAGAGAAUAAAUAAAGAGAAUGAUUUGUCGUUACUUAUUCAUUUUGUUCUGGGCAAUGAAUGCCAAUGCUGACUUGUAGGUGGUUAUAUCUAUCCAUGUUCUCCUCCAGUCAGUUUCUGUUUGAGUCACGUCUUCAGAUGCUAUUACUAGUGUGUCAUAAUCGUUCUGGGAUUUGUAGACCACGAGUCGUAUCCCCCUUGUAUUGAAAUUUGUAGACCUGCAUGAUAUGUCCUUGCAUUGGGCAUCAUCUGAGUUUGAAAUCACUGUUCUUUGAUGCCACAUACGUCUAUUUUUCUUUCUUUUUUAGGUGAUGACGAUGAAGAGGAUGAGGCGGCUGAUCUUGGUUCAGCAGGCAAGAAACGUAGGAAUACAAGGAUAGCUAAAGUGAAGAAGGCAUCUGGGAACAAGUGUGGCCAUAUUAUUACUUGAUUAUUUAUGACUUUGUAUGAAUUUCCAUGCCAUUAUUUGUUUUUAUCUAAAUUCAGAAUGCGGUGACCCCUAAUUUGUACUGGUUUCGAUUUCUUAGGGUAUCCACAGCCGUCUCCACUGUACUUCAGAAACUUUGCUCAAUACUUGGUUUUCUGAAGGAUCUAUUGACCGUGGAGAGAUUAUCAGAUAGCUGUAUACUUCAACUGAUAAGGACUAGCUUUUCAACAUUCUUGGUGGAUAAUAUUCAAAUCCUGCAACUAAAGGCUAUCAUUUUGAUCUGCACGGUAUGCAUCUCAUAUUUCUAUAUGGUGUUGUCAGUGGCUGGGAUCUUUUCACCAUAUUCACAGUCGUGCCUUUUCAUUUUUCUGUGCUCGAUGACAGGUGUUUGGUUCAUAUACGCAACAUAGAAACUUUAUAAUAGAUGAAACACUUCAGCUUCUAAGGAAGUUGCCAUGUUCAAAACGUGCCAUCAGAACUUACCUUCUACCUGAUGAAGAACAGAAGCAGAUUCAAAUGAUAACUGCCUUGCUAAUUCAUUUGGUUCAAUACUGUGCUGACCUUCCUGAGACAGUUAAAUCAAAAAUAACUUAUAAUUCACUCCAUGAUAUUUCAAUUAAUGCGAAUUUCCCGACUAAAUGUUAUGAAGCUGCCACUGAGGCAUGUUGCCUUUUCUGGACAAACGUCCUUCAACGUCUCACUACUGCAAAAGCUCAGGAUAUAUCAGAGUCAAAAAUGAUUUUGGAAAACCUCGUGAUGGAUUUGCUGACAACGCUGAAUUUACCGGAGUAUCCAGCUUCUGCAUCAAUUCUUGAGGUAAAGACAACAAGCUUCUUACGCAGUAAGGUGCACAUUAUAUUUUGUUUACUUAUGCUAUAAUUGCAGGUACUUUGUGUCUUACUUCUUCAAAAUGCUGGGCUGAAAUCCAAAGACAUUUCUGCAAGAUGCAUGGCUGUUGAUCUUCUUGGAACAGUCGCUGCUAGGUUGAAACAUGAUGCAGUUGUCUGCAGCAGGGAUAAGUUUUGGAUUGUACAGGAGCUUUUUGAUGAAAGUAAUGACAAUACUAAUGAGGCAAAAGAUAUUUGUCAUGUUUGUCUUGAGGGGAGAGGUGCAAAGACCGUCAUUGUUUGUCAUUUUUGUCAAAGAUGUUUUCAUGUAGAGUGCCUUGGAUUUACUGGGCGAGAAUUGCUUCGUGAUUGGUCUUGUCACAUUUGCCUCUGCAAAAAGCAGCUCACAGUUCUACAAUCAUCCUUCAAGUCCAACUGCAAGAAUGAUGAUUUAGGCGGUGCGAGUCUGACAGGCAGCUCCUAUGGGACUCCAUACCCCAUUUCUUCCUUGGAAAUCGUUCAACAAGUGCUUUUGAAUUACCUACAAGAAAAUUCUUUGACUGACGAUAUACAUCUGUAUACUCGCUGGUUAGUUAACUUCCAAGCUGAGCUAUUUUUCUUUUCAACGAUUUCGGCCUUUGCAGCGAAAUUUCUGUCGUUUCUUAUGCAGGUUCUAUCUCUGCCUAUGGUAUAAGGAUGAUCCUCACUGUCAAGACAAAAUACUUUACUAUCUCUCUAGACUGAAGUCUAAAGCAAUUCUACGAGAUUUUGGUUCCUCAUCAUUUUUGUCAAGGAAAUGGGCUAAAAAGCUAUCUCUAUCACUUGGGCAAAAAAACUCUUUUUCUAGAGGAUUUGAUAAGAUUUUAUCGCUUCUUCUGGUAACUUUUUACUUUUUCUUCCCCCAUUUACUUCGAUGUGCUUUAAUGAUUCAUUUGAAAAAUGUAUCACGGUUACUGUUUCUGAUGUAAAUAUCUGCAGGCAAGUUUAAGGGAGAACUCUCCUGUUCUUAGGGCCAAGGCCUUGCGUGCGGUGAGGAAAAAAAUCUAAAUUAUUGGUACACUGGAUUCAAUGGUUGACUUGAUUCCAGUUCUGAGUUAUAAUAUUCUAGUUAUCUGAUUCAUGCUUAGGUUAGUGCGAUAGUUGAGGCCGAUCCUGAGGUUUUAUGUGACAAACGUGUCCAAUCUGCUGUCGAAGGGAGGUUUUGCGACUCAGCAAUAUCUGUUCGUGAGGCUGCGUUAGAACUUGUUGGUAGACAUAUUGCAACUCAUCCUGAUGUUGCCUUGAAGGUGUGCAGGAUUCUGAAACUUAUCACCUCUCUGAUAUUUAUGCAUUGAAACCGCUUAAUAUUGGCUUGCUAUUUCUUUCAGUACUUUGAUAAGGUUGCAGAGAGAAUCAAGGAUACUGGAGUUAGUGUGCGGAAGAGAGCUAUGAAAAUUAUUCGUGAUAUGUGCAUUUCUAAUACCAGUUUUUCGGAGAUGACACGUGCAUUUAUGGAGAUUAUUUCACGUGUUAGUGACGAUGAAUCCAGCAUACAGGUAUAUGUCAGAGCUCUGAGUUUCUUUUAGCUGAUUAAUAAUCUGAAAUUUUAUGAUCGAUAAUCUGUCAUGAAGUAUCCGAUUUUUUAUGAUUAGCUAUAUCCUGCUUCCUACAUCAUCUAUGACGAGCCUGGGUAAAUUGUUUUGAAAAGUUUACAUCUGUUUAGAUGGUCUUAUAUUUCAUACUUUUCAACGACCAUCAUCUACGGAAUGUUUUAAAUGUUUUAGCUAUAUCCUUUUCCGGCUUAAAUGUUUUAAAUACUUUUCAACGACCAUCAUCUACGGAAUGUUUUAUUUUUUUGAAGGUUACUUAGAUAUAUGUUGAUUACUGGAGUACCCACGCUGCUAUAUAAUCGGCAAUCGAAAUUUGAUGUCCCCUGGAUCAAGAAAGACAGAGAAAACCCAAGAAAAUAAGCACAACAAUGAUGAUUAUAGAACAAUGUGCUAUACCUCUGACGUUCAACUGAAAGAAGUCCACAAAAACUUAUCUAUUAACCUGUAAACUAUGUAUCUUCUUAUUUUUUAUGCAGGACUUUUCUAUUUGAUACACACUAUAAACUAGUCACCUUCUACUUAGACUAUGCUGCUGACCUAAUUUUGGGCAACUAGUUAAGACACCGAUGCUUUCUAUCCUGUUAUCUUAGUGUAAUUUUCUCUUCAGGUCAUCUUUGAGAGUUCCUCUAUCUGCUGCCACUGUCAGUUAGUUAGUUCAUGUGACUAGAUAGCAGAAGCCGAACACUAUUGCCUCUUGUAGAUGGCUGGAAGACAUUAUUUAACUUGCCGGCCUUGGGGUUUUUGACAAACAUUAUGCUUUAUUAAGAAUAUGGAGAAUACCGUUUCUUGUCUUUACUCCUGCUGAGUUGGGAACCUCAAACCUUAGAGGUCAACUCUAGUGAUAGUGACCUGGGGAUCUUUUCGAACGUGAUGGGUGAUGGAUCAAUAUCUUGCAACGUUAUUGGCUCGUUGUUGUCUUUCAGAUGGGUCCUGAAUUGGAUGCGUGCGUCUGUUUAACUGGUUGUAGAUGAUCCCAGCAAUGCAGACCUUCGUUGCCUUGGCCUGGGAUAAUUUGGAUGUAUCCAUCGUAGUGUUUUCUUCUUCACUAUCUCAGUAUCUAGAGCUUCUCCUCCUCCUCAGUCAGCAAAUGAAUAGAGGGUUUUUUUGGGGUAGGGGAGGGGAGUGGGGGAGCGCCUUAAACCUCAUAUUCCCUGUGCUCGAUGGUUAAAUUUUUUGGAGAACCCCUAUUCAGUCUCUGUAAUCUGGCUAAGGUUUUUUUGAGCGUGGUACUUUAUUAGAACUGAAUAAUAUAUGUUGUAUUGCCUUUUUAAAAUGUUUUUAUUAUUGUUUAUUUACCAUUGAACUGCCUUUUUGGCUAUCUUUAACAGAAUAUUUAACUAUUUUACAGGACCUAGUAUGCAAGACAUUUUAUGAAUUUUGGUUUGAAGAACCCUCUGGCACCCAGACACAGUUUGCCAGAGAUGGUAGUUGUGUACCAUUGGAGGUGGCAAGGAAAACUGAACAGAUCGUUAAUCUUCUGAGAAAGAUCCCCAAUCAUCAACUUCUUGUCACUGUUAUUAGGCGCAACUUAGCCCUUGAUUUUCUCCCGCAGUCAGCGAAAGCCAGCGGGGUUAAUGCUGGUUUAAUUGCUCAAGUGCGCAAGCGAUGUGAACUGAUGUGCAAGCAUUUGUUGGAAAGAAUUUUGCAGGUCGGAUUCCUGCUUGAGAUGAUAACAAUCAUUUUGUACAUUUUGAAUAAUACGACUUAUCUGCAGUUCAAUUAAUUUUGCAGCUAGAGGAGACAAGUAACAUAGAGGUGGAGUUGAUAACAUUUCCAUAUGUACUGGCCUUGCAAGCAUUUUGUGUGGUGGAUCCUUCACUCUGUGCCCCCGCAACUGAUCCUUCUCAGUUUGUUGUGACUCUUCAGCCAUACCUUAAGAACCAGGUUUUUGAUCUUGUAUUGAUUUUUUAGUUGAAAUACAUGUUUAGUGUAAUGCAGUGCAUCCAUCUCUGUCCUUAUUUCUUUACGUUUAUUUUUGGCAAGCCUCUGUGGACAGAAUUCAUUGAUGCUCUCGUAGAGCAUUUGCAGAGAUAAUUAUACAUAUCUUUCAUUCGAAACAAAUGCAACAAAUAUUCAUGCUCUUUGGAAUAGGAAUUUCUUUCAAAUGACGAUAUAGGUAGUGUUCAGGGAACGGAUGCUGUGUACAAAUUUUUCAUCUAUUAUUCUCUGUUGUGGUUGGUAAGAGAUACUAAUGGGUUCAGUAAAAAUCGAGCGUAUGCCUGUGUAUAAGUUCAUGGUAAGAAUGUAGCAUUCUUACCGGUGGCUGCAAAGUUGCCACAUGGUGUGUUUUGUUUUUAUUUUGCAUAUAUACCAAUGGAAAAAGAUUCAUCUGGAGGAUAAUCACCCUGUACUCAUGAUCUUAUUUCUUUAUUCGGGCACAGUUGAAGUUGGAGAAACUCGAGGACUGUUGUUUGAUUGUGUGAUCUGAACUAUGAUCAAGAAUUAAUUCUAUCUACUAGAUCUUAUGAUUUUUGAUAUAUUCUCCACUGUAUAAAGUUAUCUUGACGACGUAUUUGAACUAUGUUGUAGAUGUCUGAUAUUUUCUGACCAAUGAUCUGAAAGUUUUGCCGAAGCAAUGGGUCUUUCAUUGUAUCUAGAUGGACCCAGAUUGAUAAAAAAGGCUUCUUAUAAUGAAUUACUCACCUCCUUUGUUAUCAAAUAUGUAUUGAUAAUAUUAUCGUUUAACUGAUAUCCAUUCUUUUUUUCUUUUCUUUUUUAAUGAUUGCACUGUAUUCAUGUCUGCCCAUUGUCCAUUGUAGGUAGACACUCGUCCAGUUGCUCAGCUGCUUGAGAGCAUAAUAUUCAUCGUUGAUGCAAUCAUGCCUUUGCUUCGAAAACCGCCACCUACCGUGGUUGAAGAACUUGAACAGGACCUAAAGCAGAUGAUUGUUCGGCAUUCAUUUCUGACUGUCGUUCAUUCUUGUAUAAAGUAAUUUUCUGAGUGUAUUAUUUCUUCUUUAACGUUUGAACGGUUUAUUUGUCAAACUUGUCAACUUUUUGCAUUAUGUUGUUUUCUUCGCAGAAUUUGCUUUUACACAAUUUAAGUUGAUAAAUUACUGAAAUUUUCCUUUCGUCCUGCAAUAGCGUAUGCACAACCUAGCGGACUGAUUUUCAUGUUGACUUACACUGAACUCAAGAGUUGAGAUAUUUUCUACACCAGUGUAGGGCUAGUUGAAAUUUGUGUCCCCUAAUUUACUCUUUGGGCAGAUCAGAGGAUUGCUUUUCACUUUUAGCCUCGUUGUUCUGCUUGGCAUACUUUGUUACUUAUCUCUUAUCAUUUACUAUUUUAUUUAAUGAAUCGUGGUUCACCAAGACCUUAUUGAAGUGAUUCCAAGUAAGUUCAAAUAUCAUAAAUCAAAGAAAUGAAAUGCCACUAGAAAAUAAUAAUAUAAUUGUGAUUAAUUGGUAUAUCAUCUUUAACCUCAAAAUCCUUAAGUUAUGAAGUCCAGAACGAAAUGUUGGGACAUCCUUCUCUGAUUUGACCAAUAUUUACCACAUUUUUGCUGGGAUGUAGCCUGACUAGACAUGUUCCUCGCGUUUUUAAAAAUCAGAACCAAAUUGACUUGGAUUUAGAAUCAGACUUGGAAGAAAACUUGAAAACCCAUUUUCCAAACGCUCCAAAGUAAAAAAAUAUUUGGCUAGAAAAAAAUAAAUCGCUGUGAACUAUGUAUGGGUUAAACAGUAACAGUUUCACAUUUCAUUUUCUCCUCAUGGUCUUUCCAGAAAAGGAAAAUGGGGAGAGUAUCCCGGGCCCAUAUUCAUCCAGCAAAGAGCUUAAUCUACUUAGAAAGAAAAACCAUAUUCCUUGAUUAGUAAUUACAUAAUUCGUAGGGUACUUUCCUUUCUCCACUGUUACUUAAGUUAUGUCAUUUUAUUUUAUACUAAUAUCAUAUUGUUUGUUUUCGCAUCGUAGGUGCCUGUGUUCACUUAGUAAAAUUGCUGGAAAAGGUGCAAGUUUAAUUGAAUAUUUGAUACAAGUCUUUUUCAAACAUUUGCACGGGUCCAGCAUGGAUAACAAACAGGUCUAUUUUCUCAACCGAUCAGAUUCACGAUUUUUUUACAAUCUUUUCAUCAUUAUUUUAUUUUCUCUACUUUCGACUUUGGUGGCUAGAUAAGAUUCCCAAAUGCGUUUUACCAUCAUUGUUCAAUUCUACCGUUCUUGCUUCAUCCAUGAUUUGGGUGGCAUGUCGAGUUACUCUCCGGAAAGAAUCCAUCUUAUUUUGUGGCCAUGUCAUGAGGGGUCUGUGGCCAUACCUGCUCUUCUGCAAAAGUUAUGGAUCUUGAUGCAGCUUAGAAAAUCAAUCUCUUGUUCAGAAAAUGCUUUUAUCGAUGCUAUUAGAUGUGAUUCAUAUAGCGUGAUUACAACAUUUGUUGUCUUCAGGACCCUUGUCCAUCAAGUGAGUAAUAAUAUCUAUCCGCAAAGAUAGAACAUAGUAUCCAAAAAAAAAGUUUGAAAGUAUUAGUGGCCAAGGAAAUGGAAAGCUGGAAUGAUUAAUAUCUGGUUGGGGUUUCUUAUUUAAUGUAAACCAGUCUAAACAACUGUCAUAAUUGGAAUGCAGCGUACUAAAAUGAUAAAAAAAUUGUUACUUCACUAAUGAUCCAUGAACGUCAUAAGUAUGCUUCGAAUGAAUUAAAUAAAACUGAUAUGCAACAGCAUGCGGUGUCUAUAGGACUGUGAAUCCAUUGAAGUAUGGCCAGUUUUCAGUACACAGUUAAAAGUGAAGAUUGGAUCGCAGGCACAUACCAAUUUUCCCUGCACUCGGCCAGUCUUUUUGGCCAGGAUGCUGGAUUUCUCCCCUCACAUUGAGUGAGUUCUUUAAAUCUACCCCCGUAUUUCUCAUCAUUGUAAGCAUCCCCUUCCACUCUUAAGACCUAAGAGAAAGAAGAUGAAUGUGGAUUAGGAUCUUGAUGGCUUACAUUAGAUAUGACUCUCUUAUCAAGGGCACUGGGAGCCUAUUUAUUGUCAUGACUUCAAACGUGAUACCCGUGAUCAUUAUCAUCCAUCCAACUACCGCUUUUGUCGUUCUCCGUCCCGUAACAUGAAUAUCUUCAGGGCCCUAUCACUACGCUAUGCACUUUUUCAAGGGAAUUGUAGGGGUGUAGUGAGCUAUCUUAUGUUUAUGUCUGCCAUACGCCAUCCUUCUGGGGAAUAAGGUUGAACUGCAAAGUGCUCAUGUGCCCUGAUCAUGGUCUAGUUUUUUUUUUUCUUCAGUUUUUAGCCAAAAUGCCUUAAUCUUCUCACAAGUCUUAACAAUGUAAAAGUUCUGUACUGAGUUAAAAGAAAGUGUCGAUUAUCUGGAAAAUAGUUGUGAUUUAAUGCCAUGGUUUCAUUCUAAGAGUUAUCGGGUCUUCUGCACUCGGAAUGGGUCUAGGUAACCACCAUAAGAAGGUGCUAAUUGAAAAUCUAGCCGCUAGGUUGUGGUCAACCAUUGCUUCUGCUACCAAGGAAUUAAAAACUGGAUCCUGGAAAAGGCCUAUGAAUCAUGAAUCAGUCGGCCAGCUACUAGGCAGUUCUGGGCAUAGGUGGAGGAGGCUGAAGAGUGGACAAGUAGCUGACAGCAGCAUUGAUCUUUUAGGUUCUUCCCCUCUCCGCGCUUCUCCUUUUUAGUCCCUGUGUUCCCUGGUGGCAUCGACAGAGGAAGAAAAUGCUGGGCACUAUGCUGGCAUGCUGUCAAUUGGGCGACCUCUACAAAUUGUGCACACACCUGCUUAGAACCUUGACACAAGGGGUCGUCUUUGCGGCAACUACAUUCCCUUCUGUUGUUUUUUCCCUCUACUCUAACAUCCGAUACCCUUGACGAUGCAUGAGAACAAAUAUUCUUUGUGUGAUGAUAUUGUCAAUUCCUGAAGAAUCCUCAUACAUAUUAUUCUUUAUUAUUCUGAGAUAUCAAUGUUUACAGUGGCUUUGGAAAUUAUUUCUCCUAUAGUUCAUCACCGCAUUCCUGUGCUAGGGUAUUUUCUGAUAUCGAAGCAUUUUCUAUCUCUCAGUUGUUAGGACGGUCAUUGUUCUGCCUUGGGCUGCUUGUCCGGUAUGGGAAGGAGCUGAUGAAUAACUUUGAAAACCGGCAUGCGCUUGUUACAAAAUGUCUCACGUUGCUUAAGAGGUUUCUGGUUUCUGAGGAUUUUGGGUUGAAGGUCCGAUCCUUGCAGGUGACCCACUUUGCACUUUCUUACGGAUACAUCCGCUGCAAUUUUUUUAUUCCUCAUUAUCUCGCUUUUACUUUUCUACUUAUAUUCGUCGUUUUUCAGGCACUGGGUUUUCUACUGAUUGCACGGCCCGAGUACAUGCUCGAGCAAGAUAUCAAGAAAAUAUUAGAGGCCUCACUGUUAUCUGGUUCCGACAUUCGUCUCAAGGUGCGCUAAUAAUCUUCAAAUAUUCUCUUUACUCGUAUUUAUUGUAAUAGUUUCCUCUACCAGAUGCAGGCAUUGCAAAACAUAAAUGAGUACCUUCUAGAUGCGGAGAGUCAAAUGGGCAAGGAUGGUGCCAAUAAUCCUGUGAUUCCACCUCCAGAUGAUGCCGUAAAUAAGGUACCGGUUGCUGCUGGUGCAGGUGACACUAAUAUCUGUGGAGGUAUCAUUCAACUAUACUGGGAUAAUAUCCUAGAACUAUGUCUGGACGUGAAUGAACAAGUUCGUCAGUCUGCACUCAAGGUAGGGAACCCUUUCAUUUUUAUCUGUUCGUCCCAAACCUUCUUUGAUGCGCAUAUUAAGCAGUCUAUUUAAUUUUUUGGAGACUUAUGAAGAGAAAUCACUACACCCAUUAUUUAUUUAUUUAUUUAAAUCCUCCACGCUCUUCGGAAAUGUCGAAUGUCAAAUGUCAACUGUCGCAUGCAGAUUGUAGAGGUUGUGCUGCGUCAAGGUCUGGUUCAUCCAAUUACUUGUGUUCCAUAUCUCGUAGCACUUGAAACAGAUCCACAGGAGGCAAAUUCCAAGUUGGCCCAUCACUUGCUCAUGUUCAUGAACGAGAAGUAUGUCACCGUCAUUCAUCUAGGCCUUUUUUCCGCCGUCUAAAUUUAGUGGCCUGUAUGAGUUGACUUCGAACGACUGUUUGCAGGUACCCAGCUUUCUUUGAGAAUCGUCUGGGCGACGGCCUUCAGAUGUCGUUCAAGUUUGUUCAGUCAGUGUUGGCCACGACGAACGGCAAUGUGAAGGGGAGAACAGAGGCCAGCGCUUUCGCAUGGGUCAGGCCUGGAAUCUCUCGAAUAUACAGACUCAUUCGGAUAAAUCGCAUUUCGAGGAACAAAUUUAUGCACUCGAUCGUCAGGAAAUUUGAGCCGGGCGGAUGGAGUAGUUCGUCUAUUCACUUUCUUGUGUAAGUAACUGAGAACCUUAUGCUUGGAAGCCACUGUAGGGGAUGCAAAACCCAGGUUUUUAACUGUUCUCGUGGUUUCUCAGGUAUUGCACGGAGAUUCUGGCGACUCUCCCAUUCACGUGUCCCGAUGAACCUCUUUAUCUGAUUUAUGAUAUAAACCGGGUUCUACAGCUUCGAGCGGGCCCCCUUGAAUCGAAUAUGAAGAUGUGGAGUUCAGUUUUCCACCAGAAAGAUUUGAAGGACAUCACGAACAGAAAUCGUGAAGUUAAGCCCUUCACCGAAGGCUAUUAUACGGCGAGUCAUAACAGUGCGACGGCCGAACCAUUGACGUCCGACGACUCUUGUGGCGUUUCUGAAGAAACUCUGCUGAAAUGCCAGGUAAUCACAAAUCAAUCAUCUUGCAUUAUACCUCUCUUUUAAACAGUAAGUGAGGUGCGCAUUAUACAUGACGGCGUGCUGAUCACCUCAUUCUCAGUUUGUUUUCGGAGAAUCGGAUCUUGGGCGCUCAUCUUGACGCUAAUUUCAUAUUUCCAGGUUCCUGGACAUGUUUUCCCCUAGAAAAAAUGUAGGAAGGAAUUUAGGAUGGGCUUUGUGCUUGGUGAUCUCAGAAUAUUUCCAUCCGACUAGACGUCCUCGUAAUGGACGACUGCAUCUUCUUCUUCUUCUUGGUCACAAAAGGAUGACUGUCUUUUUAACUCGGAUUGCAUACAAUGAACAGGCCGACUGCCGCGACGCCAUAGCCCUUCAACUCCUGCUGAAGCUGAAGAGGCACCUCAAAGUGGUCUUCUCUCUAGAUAACGCCCGCUGUCAGGUACGUCUCCCCCAACCAUCCCAUUCAUUCAUCUCCUUCCGGGCCCCUCCCCCGGGCGUUGUCCUAAACCUUCCUGCCGCCGAAAAAUGGGGCGACCAGGCAUUCUCCCUGAAGGAGUACCCUAAGCCGGGGGAGACGCUCUCCCGGCAGAACAUCCCCUUCACCAUCAGCGACGCCCUCGCCAAGGUUCCCGACUCCCCGCGCGGCAUGGUGGACAAGUACCAGGUAAACCCCACGACCACUUCUCUCCAUCUUCACCCCCCCCCGAUCGAUCGAUCGGUGCUCUUCUUCUUCAUCGCGCGGUGCUGGUUGGCGCUUGCAGGAGUUCAAGAACUCGCUGAGGGACGACGCGGUGGACUACGUCUCGUACAGCGCCGGCACGAAGAAGCGCCCGGCUCAGAAGAGCUCGCGGGGGAAGCUCGCCCAGGGACAGCGCGACGACGGCGAGGAUGACGACGGCGGCGGCGGCGACGAGGGCUGGGCCGGCGGCGCCGCCCGGAAUCUGGGCUUCGCCGGCCAGAGGCCCGGCGCUGGGCGGUUCCCCUGGGAACGUCAAUGA